AUACCAACUUAACAAGAUGGGGACGCGCACAAGUCGACGAAUAGAAGAGAAGCUUGAACGCGGCCCAUAGCGCUAAAUUUGCAACGUUUGGGCUCAGGCGGCCACAAUGGUCUAUAUUGCGCCUCCGCGGGGAGACAAGAGACCGGCACGCGGGGGGCCAGGCCAAAAUGCCAACAAGGGCGGGCGCGGGCAGCGGCGAGGGAGGAACGACGAAGUGCUGGCUUCCAAAGCGGAAAUGUUGGCGCAGCUUACUCGACAAGCGGAGGAAAACACCAGGAUCUUGCAGCGGGAGCGGGAGGCCCUGGGAAUACAGGGACCUUCCACCUUCUCGGAGCCCCAGCAGCAGCAGCCGCAACGGCACGGCGGCGGGCGCGGCGAGGGCAGGGGCGACGGCAGGGGCGGCCGCGGGGGCGGCGGGCCUGUCAACAACCAGCGGAACAACAAUAACAACAACCGGCGUAACCACAUCUUCACAGACCAGGGCAAUAAGAAGGUUUUCGACGCCCGGAACAUUCCUGGGCUGGGCGGCGGAGCCGACAACGGCUUUGGCGGAGGCGGCGAUGACCUCACGUUUGGAGGCGAGGGCGGAAUGCUGAACCAGACCUUUCCGGACAGCCCCAACUUUUACCCCGGGUUUGUCUUUGCGAUACCCGGCACGCUGCCGCCUCCGCCGCAGCAGGCGCCAGGCCAGGCGGAGGCCUCGCUCACCGUAAUCUCCGCAAUGCCGGGGCAGGGCCUGCAGCAGAACCAACAGCAGCAGCAGCAGUACCAGCAGCAGCAAUACCAGCAACAACAACAACAGCAGCAUUUUCAGCAUGGUCAGCAGCAGCAGCAGCAGCAACAACAACAGCAGCAGCAUUUUCAGCAUGGUCAGCAGCAGCAGCAGCAGCAACAAAAGCAGGGAGGCUUCGGCACAAUGCUGGGCUCGCCGGGUGGAGGCGGCAUGGGGCCGGGUCACGGCAUGGGGGCCGGUGGGCCAGGCGGCGGCGGCGGCGGUCUGAAGGGCGGCAUCCUGGGCAUGAGCCUGGCGAUGAACGGGACAGUCCUCGGCGGCCCACCGCGCUUCGGCGCCGGACGGGGGCAGCAACAGCAGCCCGGCCCGUUUGGCAACGGGCCAAACGGCAUGCAGGGAUAUGGCGGACCUCCUGGCAUGGGUGGUGGCGGCGGCGGAGGUAGUGUCGCAGGCACGCCCAACGGCGGCUCCUACGGCACGCCAGGCGGCGGCGGCGGCCUCGCCGCACUGGCAGGUGGCGGCGGCGCUGCGAAUGCCGACCCAAGAGCUCUGGCGCGGAUGGAGGCUGAGGCUAAGAAGGAGGCGUAUCGCCGGGAGCUGGAGGAGCAGAUACGCGCCAGGCAGGCGGCGAAGGACGCAGAGGUGCGGCGGCGGCGGGAGGAGGAGGAGCAGUGGGAGGCGCGCGCGCGGCAGGCGCCGCCGCCCUGGGACCCGGCGGCGCGGGCGCACCGGCGGGGCGGCGGUGGCGAGCCGCUACGGGACGACUUCGGGCGGCCGGUGGCAGACCUGAGGGCGCGGCCGGGGCGGGGCUCGCCGGGGGGCGGCAUGGCGCCGUCGCCGGGAGGCUUCCCGCCCCCGCCGGGCCCGCAGCAGCGGCUGACGGUGGAGGUGCCGGGUGGUGGCGCGGGCGCCUACCCACCCGGCAUGGGCCCCAUGCACGGCAUGAUGAUGAUGGGGCCCGACGGCGCCUCGCCACACGGCGGCACACUCAUGCCUAGGGGCGGCCCCGGCGGCCCCGGCGGUCCUGGCGGCCCCGGCGGCGGUAUGAUGAUGGGGCCUGGCGGCGGCCCGGGCGGUGGCAUGGGCGGCGGUGGGGGCGGCGGCUUGCCGAUGGACGGGCCGCCUGUGGCGCCGGGGGCCGUGCUGUCGCCCAACGCCAUCCCGCCGGUGAGCCCCGGCAACCGGCGCUUCAUGGCUGCCAUGAACGACCUCAUCGCCGGCCCCAGCGACGAGCAGCGGCGCAACGCGGAGGAGGCGCGGCAGCGGCUGCAGUCCGACCUGGAGGCGCAGAUCCGGGAGAAGAAGGAGCGGCAGGCGCGGGAGCGGGCGGAGCGGGAGCGGGAGCGGCUCAAGGAGGAGGCGGACCUGCAGGCUUACUACGACAACAUGAACCAGCCGCGCGGGCCGCCGCGUGGGCCGCCGGGAGGCGGGCCGCCGCCGCAGCAGCCCAUGCAAGUGGGUGGCGGCAUGGGCAUGGGCAUGGGGCCUAUGGGCGACGUGAAUGGCGGCAUGCCGCCGCCGGGGCCAGGGCCGCGGCGGCGCGGCAAGGGCGCCAUUGUGGAUGCCUCAUGGCUGGAUGCGCCCAAGCCGCCGCCCGGGCCGCUGCCGCCGCUGGCGCAGCCGCCGCAGCCCGGGCCGCCGCUGGGGCCGGCGCCGCUGCCAGCGCAGUUCGGGCGGCGAGGAGGUGGCAUGGCAGGGCCAGACGACAUGCCAGAUGCCGGGCCAGGCAUGCUGAUCCCGCGCUCCCCAUCUCCGGGGCCCGGGCCAGGCGGGCUAGCAGGGCGGGAGCGCGGCGUCUCCUACGCGGGUGGCGGCGGCGGCGGCCUUUUGGCAGAGCCCAGUGGAGGCGGUGGCUUGGGCGGGCCUGGCGGCAGCCCUGGUGGACCUAGCGGUGGUGGUGGUGGUGGUGGCGGCGGCGGCGGUGGCGGUGGCAACACUGUCACUGGGCUGUUGCACCAACUGCAGGAGGAGCAGGUCCGCAUGCGCGAGGACUUCGCCCGCCAGGCCGCCGCCAUGGAGAAGCUGGCCAACGACGCCUCCCGCGCCCUGGCCGACCGGGACGACGCCUGGCGGGAGCUGCAGCGGGUCAAGGCCCUGCUGGCCGGAGGCCCCAACCCCGCCGGCGGAGCCGGGGCCGCCGCCGGAGGCCGCGGCGGUGGUGGCGGCGGAGGCAGCCCGGGCGGGCUGGGCUUUGGGCCACUGGGCAUGCUGGGGCUGGGCGGCGGCAUGCAGGGCGCCGGGGAGUCUAUGGAGCAGUACGCGGCCAGUACGGUGGUGAUCAACACGCACCUGGUGCCCAAGAGCCUCAACGCCAUCCCGGACGCGCUGCCCAAGCCGCUCGCCAGUGAGGUGCUGCGGCGCGGGCACACCGACCCCGGGCCGCACGGCAGCGGCAUCCGGGCGGGCGGCGGCGGGGGAGGAGGAGGGGGAGGAGGAGGGGGCAUUGCGGAAGGACGGUUUUCCAGCGAUGGCGGCGGCGGGGCCGGGGCCGGGGCUUACGACGGUGGGUUUGGGUAUGAGGAGCUGGAGCGCUUCCAGGCGCAACUGCGUGUCGGCGCCGGCGGCAGCCGCACCGGCCGCAGCGGCAUCCCGCUGCCACCUGGAAUGGGCGGCCCUCGCAGCGGCGGCGGCGGCGGCGGCAUGAUGCCGUACGGGCGGUUGGAGAGCUUGAACGGGCCCGGUAUGCCGCGGGGGCCUGCCAUUCAGUCAGUGUAUGGGUUAGGUUUCGAGUCGCCGUCGGGUGCGGGCGGCGGCGGUGGGCCCAAGGGUCGGGAGCAGCAGCCUCGCUACAACGGCUUCUUCAGCGGGGGCCCCGACCCACAUGAGGGCCACGGCUCGCCGGCAGGAGGCGGCGGCAUGGGGCGCGGCCACCCGCCGCACCUUGCGCCGCUGCGGCCACCGCCCUCGCCUGGUAUCCUGCGGGGCGACCAUUUGCCCAGCCCGUCCACAAAGACGCGGCCGGGGGCGGACAAGGCCGGCGCGGGGCCUGGCGGGGUUGGCGGCGGCGGGGGUGGGGGUGGCGGGGGUGGUGGUGGUCGGGUGCGCAGCGGUCGGAACGCCGCCGGGGGGCCGCCGGAGCGGCAGGCACGCAGCGCGCACCCGCCGCAGGCACCGUCUGCCGGCGCGGCGGCGGCAGCCGCCGGCCUGGCGGCGCGCGCUGCGCGCAACCCCUCGCUUGACGGCGAUGGCGCCCACCCGAGCGGCCUGCCGCCGCCCGCCCCUCGCUCCACGGCGCGGCGUAGCACAGACGGUAUGCAGAAGCUGUUGCGGCGGGGGCGGGAAGGCGAGAAGCUGAUGCGGACCAACCAGCCGGCGGCGCAGGAGGGCAGUUCCAUCGGCGGCAGCUUCGCCGGUGCAAGCGGCGGCGCUAGCCGGGGUGCUAGCGGCGGCGGCGGCAGCGACAACCACCUCCCUGAUCUUAGCAUGGAUGAGUUGCCGUCCAUGGCUGAUGCAGAGAUGGCGGCGUCAAUGGGCGAGGAGGAGGAGGCGGAAGCUGGGGCGGCGCGGCGGCCGAUGCGGCAGCGGGAGCGCUCUAUGCCGGGGCACAGCGAGCACGUACCGACGGAGAGCGGCGCCAGCAUGCUGGUCGGCGGCGGACCGCACCUGCACCCGCACCUGCCCGACCUUGCGCACAGCGGCUCCUCGCAGCGCGGCGCAGCCGCGUCGCCUCCGGCGACAGCGGCAGCCGCGGCCACGGCUGCGUCGCCGCCGCACUCGCCUCGUGCGGCGUCGGCUGCCCAUGAUGAGGACGACGGCUACUCGGAUGACUUUCAUCAUGACGCGGCCGACCACGACCAUGCUGAUCAUGACCAUGUUGAUCAUGACCAUAAUGAUGACGUCCAGCACCACGGCCUCGAGAAGGAGUUGCACGAGGAGCGCAACGAGCAGCCGCACGGUGGCGAAGGCGGCAGCCGCGCCGGCAGACUCAGCGACGGCGGCUUGGGCGGCGUGGUGCCGCGGCUGCAACACACCGACUCUGUGGCCACGCACAACUCCUUCACGUCGCAGCCGUCACUGGGCGCGCGCGUGGCGUCGCCGGCUGCGGCGCAGGACGAUGACGCCGGUGCUGGGGUUGGUGGUCGGGUCCUGGUGCACAACACCAGCGGAAGCCGUGCAAGCCGUGUGAGUGACGGCGGCUCGGCGACGGCGGUGGGAGGCGGCGCGGCGGGCGUGCGGGCGCUGCAGCACGGCGGGGGCGGCAGCCGGGGCAGCGGCAACGGCAGUGCGCCGGUAGGGCGGGGCUCGGCCAUGGAUGCUGUGCUCGCGGCGGCUGCAGCCGGAGUUGGGGCGGGUGGCUCCUUUGGCAAGCCCGGAAGCGCGGGGAAUGCGUCUGCAGCAGCCGCAGCUGCGGAGGCGGCCGGAGUUCCGGUGCGGCGCCCAGUGCGGCCGGGCAAAAGGACGUCGCAGCCCAAUGGCUCGCAGUCGGACGUGCCUCAGGAGGCCGCUGCUGCUAUUGACGGGAAUGAGGACGAAGGUGCAGGCGAGGCAGGCGUGAGCGACGUGGGCGAGCACUAGGGUUGGACGGUCGUGUGUGGGGCUGGGUGUGAAGGUUUGGGGUCCAGAGCACGUUGGCAACGAGAACUCGACAUCGCUGUUGUAGAACUGCAUUUAUAAUCAUCCAUUCUAAUGAGAAGCUUAACGGCAUGUGACGGACAAGCAUAGCGGCCUUUCUUGUGAGGUCAAACUCGACUGCAAUGUGAUGCAUCAUGCCACACGCCUUUUUAAGGCGCAGGAUACCCCAGAAAGGCAUGCCUCUGUAGCUCGCCACUGUAAUAAUACCUCGAA